GCUGCUGGUCACCCAUUGAGAAGCGUUUAUAGAGUUUGGAAUGUCGCUGCUACAGGGCGAUACGAUCUGCCAGCACCGAUUCGAGCCAACGCAGAGACGACCCGGAGUUCAGAGUCCGCACCACAGUGAGUGUGAGUAGUGCUUCCAGUAUAUGCGUCAGGGUUAUUGCUAUCGCGUUGCAGUGAGGAAGCGUCUAACCGUGAGGUCGUCGUUUUUCGGCGAAUUUCGAUUGACAAAGUGUGAUUUCGCUUAUCUGACAUCUGUCCGGCGAUACCGGUGACAUUAAAAGCUAGCAAUUUGAUGUGUUUGAGGAGUUUCUUCGGCAGUAGAUUCAAACGUAGGCGAAGGUAAUGAAAGUGAUGAUCACCACUUCGGUCGGAGCAUAAGAGCAACCACUGCAACGAAUUCGAAGAAGAAGAAAACGACAACCACGAAGAGGACAUUGGAGAGGAUCUUGGCCAUAGGAAAGCUUGUUGGUAGUCUCAUGCAGUUACAAUCUAGCAGCCCCUUUACUGCAGCAGGAAGAACGAUACUCAAGGGGUGAUUUUGGGUAGUGUGUGCGUGUGCGUGCUGUGAAACGAACCGUCUUGCCCACUGAAGUGUGUGCAAAGCGUGUAAAUACAAGAAUCUACCAUAUCAAAAGCUCGGACAAGAUGCUCAAUAAACAACUUAUUUCGUGGGUUCUACUUAGCGGAUUCGUGACCGUGUGCUGCUCAGCUGGUACUGGCAGCUCCGGAGGGGGUCUCUACAACUAUGGCGGUUUGUCUGCAGCGAACAGUGCUCCUUCAGCAGCUUCUUUCUCCCGCAAUAUGUCUCCACAACGAUUCUACAUGCCAGCAGGACUAGGCAACCCCGAAGACCCGAACCGAUACCGAUCGACGACCCCCAGCCAGCAAUCUACGGCCGCUCCCAAAACGAACCGCAUCUCCGCCUGGGGGAUCAUCUCGAUCGUGAUGUUUGUGAUCAUGAUCGGUGCCGGAGCCUACUGGGGCUUCAUCUGCUAUCCUUUGGUGUGCAAAAAGGAGCGAAACUACAACAUGAUGAUGAACAUGUCCUCCGCAACGACUGCCACCCCCACCAGAUCUACCGAGUUCGAGAAACUCGAAAACUACUGCUCGAAAUCGACGACCUCCAGUCGGAGCAACGACACCGGAAUCAGCAAUAUAUAGAUGAUCAUGUGACCCAGGUCAGGCAUUGCCACUACUAUUAGCUGAUAAGCUCAGAACACCCUAUCGUUCCAACUACUUCCCCUACAUCUUCGGAUGCUGGCAUAAGGAAAUAAAUAGCUUAGGACUGUUCUAUGCAAAAAUAAUCCCAUUUGGUUUGCCAUAAGAAUAGAAAUUUGACAAAAUUCACAAUCUACAUAGUGAAAUAGACGAAGUGAACAAUCAACAAAAUGUGAGAACAAUUAGUAUUAAGACCAAGCUCGAAUUUCGACUUAAUGAUAACUGAUAAGAGACUGAUGAUCUUGAUUUAAUGUACACGAUAGUAUUACCGGUUGUAGAAAGCCACAACCUAAUAAAAUUUUCAAUAAAAAUCGAAA